GCGGAGGGUUCUUCCUCUCCAUUUUGACUCGUUUCCACUCCGAUAGUUCCGCUGCAGAGAGGAGGAGAAGAACAGAGGAAACGACAAAGGGGAAGAGGAAUAAAGCGAGAGAGAGGAAAAUCCUCGUCAUUCACAAAGGGAAACGCUGAGUGCAUUUUUUCCCCUCAUCGCCACUCAGAUCGCUUUAAUCGAAGAAGGAUCGGUGGAGAUCGAGGGGGAAAUAUUAGGCUCUGUUUGAUUUUCUUGUGGUUUCGGCUGUUAAAUUUUCUCAAGAUGGAUGUGUUGGAGGAUGUUAAGUCGUCGCAGAGAGAAUGUGUAAAGGUUGCAGUUAACAUACGGCCAUUGAUCUCCACGGAACUGUUGCUGGGAUGCACGGACUGCGUCACCGUCGUCCCUGGCGAGCCUCAGGUUCAAAUAGGGAAUCAUUGUUUCACAUAUGAUCAUGUUUAUGGGAGUUCUGCUACUCCUUCGUGUUGCAUAUUUGAGGAGUGUGUAGCGCCUUUGGUUGAUGCGGUUUUCCAUGGCUACAAUGCGACUGUUCUAGCUUAUGGACAGACUGGUUCUGGUAAAACUUAUACAAUGGGAACUAACUUUGAUGGUGAGAGUCAUAGUGGCGGGAUCAUACCACUGGUUAUGAGAAGAAUAUUCAAGAAGGUAGAUGAAAUGAAGACCGAUACCGAGUUUUUUAUUCGAGUCUCUUUUAUUGAGAUAUUCAAAGAAGAAGUUUUUGAUUUGUUGGAUCCACAAGCCAAUGUUUCUUUGAAAAUUGAUAGCAAUUCUUCACUUGUCAAGCCAUCUAGACUUCCAAUUCAAAUCAGAGAAACUAUCAAUGGAGGUAUAAUCCUUGCCGGUGUUACUGAAGCAGAAGUUGCAUCCAUAGAAGAGAUGGCGUUAUUUCUAAUGCGUGGAUCUCAAUCUCGUGCUACGGGAAGCACUAAUAUGAAUAGUCAAUCCAGCCGUUCGCAUGCUAUAUUUACAAUUUGCUUGGAGCAAAAAAAACAUGCUGAUUUUAACAAAGUUGGAUCUGUUGCCAAUGAUUUUGGGGAUGACAUUUUGGUUGCAAAGCUUCACUUAGUUGAUCUUGCUGGCUCUGAACGUGUGAAACGUACUGGAGCCGAUGGAUUGAGAUUGAAAGAAGGCAUACAUAUAAAUAAGGGUUUGUUAGCUCUUGGUAAUGUAAUAAACGCACUUGGUGAUGAGAAGAAGCGAAAAGAGGGGGGCCAUGUCCCUUAUCGAGAUAGCAAGUUAACACGAUUGUUGCAGGAUUCUCUCGGAGGAAACAGCAAGACUGUUAUGAUUGCCUGCAUUAGCCCCGCCGAUGCAAAUGCUGAAGAGACCAUAAAUACUCUAAAAUAUGCCAAUCGAGCGAAAAAUAUACAAAACAAGGCUGUGAUAAACCGUGAUCCUGCAUCAAUCGAAAUGCAAAAAUUGCGCAAUCAAUUGGAGUUGUUGCAGUCUGAAGUUCUAUUUUAUCGUGAUGGUGGUGCACCUUUUGAGGAACUUCAGGUUCUUCGUGAGAGAGUCACUUUACUUGAGGCGAGUAAUGUUGAACUCCACCAAGAGUUAAAAGAACGUCAAAUCAUUUGUGAUCAAUUAGCAAAGCAAGCUUUAGAUGCUCAGGUUGAAAAAGAUAAGCUAAUUUUGAAGAUUCAAUCCGUGCGUAAUGGAAAACCAUGGGAUGAGAUCAAUUGUGCAGAAAACAUAGAGAACACAGAUUUGUUGAUUGGUUAUGCAUCAAAGAUUCAAAAGUUAGAAACAGAAUUAGUGCGGGCUCAAAAUUCAUGUAGUUCUACUCGAAGUGGCUUCAUGAAUUGCCUUGCUUUAGAAAAGGAUGAAUUUUUUUCAAAUCUUCAUGAUUUUGAAUGUAUCUCUGAUGGAAGGACCAUGGAUUCUAGUGAGGCUGAAGAUGAUGAAAAAGAAAGGGAGCAUUCUUCACUGCAGGAUAGAUUGGGCAAAGAGCUCCAAGAAUUGGAUAGAACACUCGAACAAAAGGAGGCUGAAAUGAAAAAGUUUGCUAAGGUGGAUACUUCAGUUCUCAGGCAACAUUAUGAGAAGAAGUUGAUGGAAUUAGAACAUGAAAAAAAGGCUUUACAGAAUGAGAUAGAGGAACUUCGCUUUAAUCUUGCAAAUAUAUCAUCCACAUCGGGUGAUACCGCGCAAAAGUUAAAAGAGGAAUAUCUUCAUAAAUUGACAAUGCUUGAAUCUCAGGUGUCAGAACUUAAAAAGAAGCAAGAAACACAAUCUCAAUUAUUAAAGCAAAAACAAAAGAGUGAUGAGUCCACAAAAAGGCUACAAGAUGAAAUUCAAAAGAUAAAAUCUCAAAAGGUUCAAUUACAACAAAAGAUAAAACAAGAAUCCGAACAAUUUAGGUCAUGGAAGGUUAGUCGGGAGAAAGAAGUUUUGCAGCUUAAGAAAGAGGGACGAAGGAACGAGUAUGAAAUGCACAAGCUUUUGGCUUUGAAUCAACGUCAGAAAAUGGUUUUGCAGCGGAAGACUGAAGAAGCUUCUAUGGCCACGAAAAGAUUGAGAGAGUUACUAGAAGCUAAGAAAGCUUCAUCACGGGAGGCUUCAGGUGGUGGACAUGUCAAUAAUCUUGGAAUUCAGGCUUUAAUACGAGCUAUUGAGGAUGAGCUUGAAGUUACUGUUAGGGUUUACGAGGUUCGUUCAGAAUAUGAGUGUCGAAUGCAAGAAAGGGCUAUUAUGGCGAGGGAGCUUGCUCAGCUUAAAGAAGAAUCUGAAAUUGGCAGACAAAAAAUUUUGAGCGACUAUCCCCAGACAAUGUCUCCAAGUGCUAAAAAAUUGAGGAUUGCAGAGCUUGAAAAUAUGCUUGCCACUUCAUCUAGAACCCUUGUUUUUAUGGCAUCAGAGUUAUCAGAAGCUGAAGAACGUGGACGUGUAUUUAGCGGUAGAGGAAGAUGGAAUCAAGUUCGCUCACUUGUUGAGGCAAUGCUGAACCAUCUAUUCAAUUUAGCAGUAUUAUCAAGAUGUCACUUGCGGGAUAAGGAAGUCAUCUGCAAAGAGAAAGAUUCACUCAUUGGUAAAUUGAAGGAGAAGUUAUACACUCUUAAUAGCUUGGUUAGACAGCUUGAAGCCCAAAAAACAAUACCAAACGAGAUGAAUAUGAAGGUUCCACGAAAAUCUAUAAUUUUCAACCAUGGAAGAGAAAGUGAUGGCAAUGUAGAAGCUGAUAUGGAUACUUCAGACUCGGAUGAGAUGCUUGACAUUGAAAGCGAUGAGUCCGAUGAAGAUUGGGUCGCAUCUGGAAAGCUUCUAACAAAGAGAAGAUCGAGAGAGAGAAAAACUGUUAUUGGAAAUGAUGGCCAUAUUUGUUGCUCUUGCUCAAAAUUCUCUUCUUGCAAAACUAAAAAGUGUGAAUGCCGAUUUGUUGGUCUAUCAUGCAAUAUUGAUUGUAGUUGCAAUACUUUGAAGUGUGCCAAUAAGAAAGAUUCCUGCCCUAAUUUGGAUGAUGAGAAGAGCAUGGAGAUGGUUUCUCAAGGUACAUUGCUUCUUCAAAGUGCUUUAAGUGAGAAACCUAAUAUAGAUGACUGCAGCCCACAGCAGCAGCGCAAGCCCUUGGCUGAUAUUGGGAAUUCUCAGGUGAACCCAAAAGUAUCAAAACCAAAGAAAAGGAAGAACUGGGGCAAGUCAACCAUUCAACUUGUGACUGAACCGGCCGAACCCUUAGCCCCGCACCGAAAUGAAGCUCAACUCAAAGACGAGGUGCCGUUACGGCUGCCGCGAGCGAUGGAAACCAGUUCGUUAGAAAACCAUCCACCUUUCAGCGACAGAAACUCCAUCAGAAAUGAUGAAUCUGUGAAUAGAAACAAGGAGAAUAAUAGAGGUGGGGUGGUAGUUGUUGUUCCUCCAAGUUCAGAUGAGAAAGAAAACAGAAUUUUGUGAUGAUUUUCGUCCUUUUUCUUCUUCAUGUAGCAGUUGAGUUCAAUUCUUGUGCUGACUAUUGCUGGCAAGGUAAGAUAGUUAAUUGUUGUUCAGGAAAUAUUCUUUCCUUGUUCAAAACCUUUUAUGAUUUCCAUAAGGCUUCAUCAUUAUUA